AACAUUCACUAAUUAAGAACUGUGCAGUUUCUAGCAAACAAACACAGUUCCCAGUAGAUUGUAUUAAUUAAAUUGCCACAGUUCCUGUAAGCAACGUCGCAAAUAACAGAACAACAAUAACGCACAACGGUACGCCAGUGAAAAAAAUGAUGCGUUGUUUUUGAUUCAGUUAAAAUCAAAUAAAACUGAAAUUAGCCCGCAGAGGCUUUUCUAAUAUGUCAUAGCGCCGCCCCUUCCUCGCAGUUUCCACCUGCCACGCGGCUUUAAACAGCCUCUCUUACGACACCCCCGCUCACAGCCAGUCGCAGGAGACCCGGGGGACCGCGCUAAGGGUGGCGCAUCCAUGCGACAAGAGGCUAUGAGACCUCUUCUCCGAAUAUUAUGAUUUUAAAAAAGGAUAACUCGCGCGCUUCUAAUUUUUCCCACGUUCGCAUUACUUUUUCUUAUUCGCCGCUGGAAUGGUCGUGUGAUCCCGAAGAAAUUAACAUCAAAGGUCUGCGGACAUCAAGGAUCAAGGAGUAAUGUUUCAAAAAGAAAUCUAUAAAGAGCUUCAUUAGCAUAUGUCAAGAGGGCAUUUAGCUGGGGAAUGUAUUUAAACGGGAGUUCAAUUUGGACGCCUCAUUUCUUCACGGAGUAAAACCAAAAGAGCCUUCUGUGGAACUGGCUCUGCCGCUCGAGGAAACCCGGAGAAGAUCCAAGUCCGUGGGAAUAGUCCGUGGAAGAGGGAGAGCAAGCGAGCGAGCAUGUGCUAACGGACGCGGAUGUACACAUGCAGUAAGCGGCGAUCUGGUACUGCGCAAAGGUGUUUACUCCGGACAUCUUCGCUCCCAACUUUUGUAAUUUUGAAACGGCAGCGCGGGCGGUUUGGAGAUGGCCUCCGUGGGCGAAGUGGGUACCUUUACACACGGCCUGGACAGCUUCGGACAGGGAUCGCAUUUUGUCCUGACGGCCGCUGGGGAGAGUCCAGUGUUGCUGGGAGACCACCUGGUCCCAGCGGAGCGACUGUCACGGAGUACCCCCGCGGAUUUAACGCAUUUAAAAGGGAUUCUGCGGAGGAGGCAGCUGUACUGUAGAACUGGGUUUCACCUUGAAAUACUACCAGAUGGUACAGUGCAAGGAACAAGAAAAGAUCAUAGUCGAUUUGGUAUACUGGAGUUCAUCAGUCUCGCAGUUGGAAUAGUGAGCAUCAGAGGAGUGGACAGUGGACUUUACCUCGGAAUGAAUGGUAAAGGAGAGCUCUAUGGCUCUGAAAAGCUGACCGCGGAGUGUGUCUUCAGGGAACAGUUUGAAGAGAACUGGUACAACACGUACUCUUCCAACCUCUACAAGCACGGGGACAGGGGGGCACGCUAUUUCGUGGCUCUGAACAAGGACGGGACGUCACGAGACGGGACGCGGUCCCGGCGCCACCAGAGGUUCACCCAUUUCCUCCCCCGGCCCGUGGACCCCGAGCGGGUACCGGAGCUGUACCGGGAGAUUCUGGGACCGAGCUGAUCCACAGGGAGUCUCCGUGCUCUGGUUUCCUUGGAAACAAAGAGGGGCAUACACGUGCACACACAGUAACUCCAAAGAACAUCAAAAAAAAAAAAAAACAGAAGGGG